AUGCCCAACGUACGUGCAGUUGGAUCUGGUGCAAAGGUGGAAGAGCUACCAUUGCUCAAUGCGCCUGAGCUGCUCCAAUCGGAGACCCCUGAAGCGACGAAGGCGGAGGAGGCCUUUGCCGAGGACUUUGAGACCCCGCCCAGUAGCUGCGGAAGCAGCUGGCACCCGCCGACGGAUUCCGACGAAGAUCCGGAGGAGGUGCGGCGGAGGCAUGAGCCCGACGAGGAUGGCAAGUUCUGGGAUGACCCACUUUGGUAUGGGAAGACGAAGAAGGAGAUCGAGUAUGCGACGGAACUCGAGAAGUCAAACGGCAACGCCGCCAGCCGUGAAGGGGACUGGAAGAAAGCCAACAGGUAUUGGAAGAACGCCCUCAAAGGUGCAGAGAAGCUUCAGGAUGCCGACACAGAGUUCAGGUUGCACUCGAACAUGGCGCUCGGUUAUACAAAGCUCAAGAAGGUCGAGAAAGCUUUGGAGCACUGUGACAAGGCGCUGCGAGAGCGGCUCAAGAUCGCGGUGACUCCGGAGCUCCGUGGCAAGGUGCACUACCGCAAGGCGGAAGCCUACGAAGUUGCUGGCGAGGUGUCAAAAGCCAUGGCCAGUUGCAAGCUGUCUUUGGAGGUAAGCCCAGACAAUCCGGAUACUAGAAAGAAGAUGAUCCAGCUCAAGGCCCAAGAGGCCGAACAGCGCAAACGUGAACGCUCGCUCUUCGCAGGCUUGCGCGGAGUCUGCACCUCACCUGGCACCACAGAGUGCAAGGCACCAAAGACAGUGCCGGAGCCUGCGGGGCCCGACUCUUCCGAUGAGGAGACUGCCGUGCAAUGUGGCGAAGACAGCGAUGUCGAGGAGCUGACCUUAGAGCAGGAGAAGCUGCUUCAGCAGGGACUGACAGACCGGGAAGCCUCUGCACGACUGGUAAGCAGUCUGGGAAUGGCCACCAAGCAGGGUCCAGCAGACCCGCACUUCGUGCAGCCAUCGAACAUGACUGUGGGCCCGGAGGUUUUCUGGGCGCCAGAAAGCUUCCGAGGCAAGAAUGUGAGGAGGAGCCUGGCGGAGGAGACCUCCUAA